CUAUUCCGUACAGUGGGGUUCCGGCAUUUUGAUACAGUUCGCUUUGUAACAGGCAUACAGGAGGUUACUGAGGUCCAUUCAAGUUUGGAACUAGAAUGCCUACAAUACAGGUUCCAAAACCUCUAACGGAGCCGAUUCGACCGCAACGACGACACUACUUGGAUAUCCAACCGGUCUACGACUAUGAACCGACCAAAGGAGUUGCUCCGACGAGCCAUACUGGUCGGCGGAUCAAGAUCAAGUGCCAUGAUGCAAAAAUACUUCACACCGACGCCGUAUCACCGACAGGGGUGUCCACGUACCGGAGUGACUACCGUGACGUUGUGGACUCGAUUAAAGUUCCUCGGCUUCCUUCCGCUCGAAUGCCCCUAGAUCUCGUUGCAUCCGAUGAUAUGCGAUGGGCGCAUCGCCGAGUAGACAGGAACGAAACGAUAUGGGAUCCCCCAAAGAAAAGCGAAAAGCAGAACGAGCUGGAUCGAAUGACUUACAUGUCUACGUAUCAGAACGCAUGUAAUGAGACGCAAGUCGGUCUUCCGCCCAUCCAAGUGGACCGAAGCAUGUCAAAAUCGCCAUCAGGAGGCGUACACUCUGUAUAUCAAGACUCCUAUCACCACCCUCAGUCUGUGAAUGCCAAUCUAUGCCGGAUCAUAACCAAUCCUUGGGGUAAAACCAAUCUCCUAAAUGUCCCUCAGACCCGAGGGGUCGGAGUUCGCAACCUUUUACACGGCGAUUCUCGUCCUGCUUCUCGCAAAAGUACCUCUUAUGCUGCACACUAUCAGAUCUGGCCAUCUUUAGAACCACCUCAGUCGCGUUCAACGUUCAGUUGGAAGGAUAUCUACAGUAACUAGGAGAUGAGGCAUAUAUAUAAGACUGAUGAUAGGUAUAGGACUAAGCUCCGGCUAGCAGAAUGGCUGGUAGUUGAAUUUAUGAUAGAGAUUAGCUCCAACAAAUGGUUUCUUGAUACUAGUGCUU